UUUUAAAAAAAAAAGUAUUUUGAAGGAUUGAGGCGCAAGCGCACUUCAAUUGUCUUUCAGAGGGUUCCGGGAGUUAAUAGUCGUCAGGGUGAGCCUAAGACGAGCUUUCGGGUGUUGCUUUCAUUUAAUUCUCGCUCUCUUUAUUUGACAAGGAUGUUGCUAUGUUCAUGGAAUCAUAAACAAGCCAACCAUUCUGUAGCUUAGCAUGCUAUGGCAGUUUUACUAGUAUGGGGGUCCUGUGGUGAGGGGAGGCCGAAUGUCAGACCCAGCGUGCAACUUACCAACCACACAAACCGCUACGCGGCUAGGCAGGCUCGGCGACGCCGCGUAUCGAACGGCCGGCGCCAGUUCCAAACGAGCUGCCGACGCCCCGCCAGUUCCAACAAGCUGCCGACGCCCAGCUGAUGACGUUCUGCCUACGACGCGCGUCUUCCUUUCUCCAUGACCUACUAAUGUGAAGGACUGCUUUGAAUCGCUGGCGACGCGUGUGUUCCUCCCUCCCCCUUCCCCCGUCAUUAACUAGGGGACUGAGUUGGGCUGAUGUGAUGUUCGUCGAGUAACCGAAAGGCUGGGUCUGACAGACAUGAGGGUGUGGUGUGGGUGGAGUUAUACGCUGAGGGGCUUGAGGGGGCGGUGUGGGUGGAGUGGUAACUGGUGAUUGGGGGUGUGGACUAUGGGUGUGGUUGCGGGGUUUAUUUAGCGCACUGGGACGGGAGAUCUCCCAGGGCUGACUUUCUUUUCAACUUAGUACAGUAAUAAAACGAAAGACUUUGUUGAAUCCUGCAUCGUUCCUAGUACAUGGGUUUCGUGCCUGUAGGUAGGACGUGCUUACAAACCCACAACGAGUGCAACGGGUGCAGCCUAUGCAAGACCAGAACUGUUGUCUCAUGCAACAGCAAAGAAAUACGAUUAGCAAAGGGGAGAAAUCCUCAGCACAAUUCAUACAGGAAUCAAUGAUGGGGGUGGGGUGCUGCACUCACAAGGGGUGGCCACAAGACAGGAGGCACUGGGGGAUCAUCCUAUAGCAAAGUGUACCCAGAUACGUCCAAAGCAGGCAAAGAGAGUUACAAUAAGAGAGGCGGUGAUCCCUGAACUUACAAAUAUACAGAUGGAUGCGAGACUAUUAGAAACAAUAUGGUCAACUGGGGUGGGUAGACCAGUGAUGCGUUCUAUGAGCAGCGCCAGUCUUAUGAGCAGGCUUUCAAACCUCCAGCAUUCCACUCUGACAACGUUGGCAGUUAGCCAACGAAAGCUAAGUUUCUCCAGCAUGAUGUCAGAAGAAUCCACCAAUGGGUUGUCUCAGUCCUCCUGCCCAAUCAGACCAAGUUGUCAAGUUGUCACGCCUCCUCAUUAUCUGGGGACCUCCCAGUUUUCUUCUUGGUCUUCGCCCAUACAGACGUGAUUUCUUGACUCUCUCUACGUUGGAGCAGGUCUGAUAGAAAAUUUACUAAUUGGUGGAUCCUUUAAAAGAGUUUAGCAGCUUAAUGAGAGUUUUGUUUCCCCUCUGUAAGAAUUUGAUGUAUUCCCCUCCUCAGGGUUAGGUUAAAACUUUCCAAGGAAAGGGGGUGGGUGGGUUUUUCACUUCCCCAGAUUCAGUAUCCUGCUGAAUCAGCAAACAAACCUUGCCCUACACAGUGGGGGGGGAGGUUUAACUUGUACACAUUUCAAAGGUGUUGUUGAAAGAUCUCAGUUUCACGUGCGCAGUUCCUUUCCUUCUUUCAUUUUCGCAGCCUCGUGGCUUCUCCCUGGCCGGGCUCGGCUAGGGACUCUUAGCAGCCACCAUUUGAAUUUCAAAAGGCCUAAUCUCACUUCUAAACACUUUAUUAUUGCUGCAAGAAGGGAAAGCCCAACGGUGGCCUUACAAUCACUUAAAGCCACUGCAGAAGCAUUAGGAACCUUGUGGGGCAGCGGUAAAACCUUUUGCGCCUAACGGCUGUUAGGUGCAAUCCCCUGCUUCACGCACUGGGCCAAUUAGCAGAUUCCAAUUAACCUCGUUUGUGGCAGUCACUGGUCCCUUGCACUGCAGCAUUAAUUCUAUCCCUCAUACCCCCCUUCUUUACCCCCCCUCCCUCCUGUUAUUCCCUCCAAGGGAAUGUUCACAGAGCCCGCCAUUUGGAGGCUCAAUCCUCCUGGCAGUCGCCAUUUUGAAUUUAAAUAAAUAAAUAAUAAAAAAUAAUAAAUAAAAUAAAAUAAAUCUAAAUUGAAUGCAAUAAUGGGGGUGAACUACAAAUGUUAAUUGUAUUAAACUAGAUUGAUUAACAAAAUUGCUGACUCCUUCAUCUGAGUCUUAGUUUCAGCCAUCACCUGAUCUAGCUGUGAGCAAGAAUGUGGUACCAAUAGCAGCUCUGGUUCUUCAGCCUGGUUGCCAUAUUGCCUGUCUGCCCUUCUGCAUCUGGUGGCUGUUCCAGCAUCCUGACCAUCGCCACUACUGUGGGACACGUGUGAUUCUUCUCCACCCAAUCCACGUAGGUCAGUCCCCUGCGGGGGCCUCUGAUGUCCCUUGCAGAACGAAUCAGGCCAAAGGCAACUUUGGGUUGAUUUCGAUGGAAAUGGCAUACCCUUCUGAGCCACGUUCCUUGGACAUGGACGUCAUUCCCGCCUCAACUGAGCCGACACCCGAGCCUCCAUCAGAUAAGGUGAGAGCCAAGUCUAAGCCUGGCAGGAAAGCUGGCACGGCGAGCGACAAACUGGCUGAAUGCACCCACUGAGCCCUGGAGAAGCAAUUCUCCCAGGCCCAACGCUUGUCUGCUGAAGGAGGUCUCACAUUGCCGACCUCCGUACCACCGGACAGGGGAGAGCCUCAACCAUCCACAUCCAGAGUAUGGUCACCAGAGACGGGGUAUCAACAGGUCCCAACUCGGACCCUUGGUCAGGUAGGUCCACCCGUGUUUGGGGAGAACUUUGCCUUGCCAGGUUCAUCUGCAGCACCCACUGCUGCCAGCACAUCACUUGCUGCGGGGUUAAGGCUUCCGCUAGAGCAGUCCGUCUCCGACCAGCUCCAAAUGUGGAUAUCACAGGCAGUGUGCCAAGCCAUGGCAUCAGCGAGUCAUCAACAAGCCCCCUCCGUUCCAGGGCCAUCCUCUUCUUCGCACCAACAACUGCCGCGAGGCCUCCACUGGAUCAAUCAGGUAUGGUCUCUCCCUCCCAAUCCCCUGAUUCGGACCCGGAUGUUUCAGAUUAUGGGGGAGGCAAGGACGGUUGGUCGGAUUGCGAGGAACCAUCUUAUGAAUUCCAAUCCAUGGCGGAGCUUUUUAAUGCUUCGCUAUUUCCGGCUUUGUUACGCAGAGCGUGCGAGGCAAGUAAGCUUUCCCCUCAGUCAGUACCAACCCCUCAGCCUUCCUCCGAUCAGGAAACCAAUCCUUUGUUUGCUGUGCCUGUAGACACGCACCUCCAUAUCCCUUGUCCACAGUUGUUCUUCCAAAAUGUGCAGGGUCAGUGGGAAUCACCAGCAGCCCAGCCGUCACAGAGCGCAUCUGAGCGCAAAAUGGUAGACAUGCCUAAGGCAUUCGGAGACCUACUAGAGGUCCCAAAAGUGGAUGAAUCGCUGGCACCGCUAUUCUCCACUGCCAGCCUUCCAGCUGAUGUAUCUGACGCCCUUAAGGCAGAAGAUAAAAAAUCUGAAAUGGCCUUAUGCAAAGCGCACUUGGCAUCUGCCUGGGCUGUGAAGGCAGUGACGGCCACUUCCUUCUUUGCAAGAAUCUCUAUCACCUGGCUGCGUCAGCUGCAGGAUAGAAUCCCACUUGAGGAAACUAGAAUGCAUCAGGACCUAACAAAAAUAGUUGCCACAUCUGAAUACAUGGCCGAUGCCUCUCUGUAUUCAGCCAAACAUUCAGCCUGGGCUAUGGCUUCCAAUGUGAUGGCUAGGAGACUCCUGUGGCUAAAGAAUUGGAGACCCGAAAGUAAGCAUAAGUGGCGUCCGGCCACAGCCCCUUUCAAAGGUGGCAAAUUAUUUGGGGAUGCACUAACGCCGUACUUAGUUGAAAAUAAACAGAAGCAAAAGGUGAUCUCCCGUGUGGCAAAGAGGUCCACAAGACGGUUCAUCCCUUACAGUCGCUGGCAGCCCUUUUGGGCAGGGACAGCAACAGAGUCGGCACAACCAUACCGACCGGUCACUCCCAAAGAGGAGCGCCCACUGGACAGGACAGGUUAUAGAGACAGGUCCAGGUACCAGCCACAACCCAAACAUUCCUUUCAUGGCCGAGGGGGUCAGUCCUUCUGCCGAGGCAAAUUACUCGGAGGGAAAUCCCCCCAUUGGUGGCAGGCUCACUCACUUUACUCACCAGUGGGAAAACACGACCACAGACUCCUGGGUGUUGCGUACCAUAAGGGAAGGCCUGUCCCUGGAGUUCAAAUCCAUUCCAUUCAAUCACUUUGUGUCUUGCCCAGCCAUGAGAAACCCAGUAAAGAGGGGACUCAUGGAGGAUGCUAUACAGCAUCUACUAGCCAUCAAGGCGAUAGAGGAGGUUCCCCCAAGCCAGGUGGGGCAGGGAUAUUACUCAAUCCUGUUUUUGUCCCAAAGUCUUCGGGGGGAUGGAGGGCAAUCCUCGAUCUCAAGGGAUUGAAUCUUCACCUUCAUUACAAACGGUUCAAAAUGCAAACACUGCACUCCAUCCUAACCAGUAUCAGGUGGGGAGAUUUAUUAACAUCCAUAGAUCUGAAGGAGGCAUACCUCCACAUCCCUAUUCUCCCAGCUCAUCGCAGGUACUUAAGAUUCUGCUAUCUCAACCGCCAUUUUCAGUACAGAGCCCUUCCUUUCGGCCUCUCUUCAGCCCCCAGGGUCUUUACCAAAAUCCUGGCAGUGUUGGCGGCUCACUUGCGGCUGGUCCCAGUCAGGGUCCAGUGCUACCUGGACGAUAUCCUGAUCCAGUCCCCGUCUGUCUCAGCCGCCCAUUCGGAUUUGACCCUCACUAUACAGACUCUUCAGGUCCACAGCUUCCUGAUCAACUUCAAAAAGAGCCAGAUGAAUCCAUCUACCCGUCUGCUUCACCUGGGAGCAGUAAUAGACAUGGAAUCGUGUCAUGUGUACCUGUCAGAGGAGAGACGCAGGAGCAUCAGGGACUUGGCUCGCAAGGUACGCAGGGACAGAACCGUGGCAUUAGCCACACUUUCUCAGCUCCUGGGCAAACAGAUCUCAUGUAUAGCAAUCGUGCCGUGGGCUCGGCUACAUAUCCGGGAGCUUCAGUGAUUUCUUCUCCCAUACCAAAGACAGCAUACCAGUACGUCCAACAGACGGGUUUGGGUUCCCCAUCAAGUACGGUUUUCCCUUGGCUGGUGGACUUCAUCGGCCGUCAGCAAAGGGACCCUGUUCAAAGAACCCAACCGCCUUCAGGUGACCACGGACGCCAGUCUCUUCGGUUGGGGGGCUCAUCUCCAAUCCCGGAUAGCUCAGGGUCAGUGGUCGCAAGCAGAUCUCAAACACAUUAUAAAUUGGUUGGAGCUCAGAGCGAUUUAUCUAGCUCUUCAAAAAUUCCACACAGAAGUCAGGGGCCAGCAUGUACUGAUUCAAACAGACAACGUGGCUGCAAAGGCCCACGUGAACCGGCAGGGGGGCACAUGGUCGAAAUCCCUCAUGACGGAAGCCCGAGCAUUGGGCACCUGGGCAAAGAAACACCUGCUCUCCAUCAGAGCCGAACAAAUUUCGGGGGAGGCAAAUCGACAGGCAGAUUUCCUCAGCAGGUCGACAAUAGAUCAUUCGGCGUGGAUGCUUCAUCCAGAUAUCUUCAGGGAGAUAUCAGCCAAAUUCGGCAGUCCGAUCAUGGACCUGUUUGCUGCCCUGGAGAACACUCAACUUCCCAGAUUCCUUUCCCGGUUCCCUUCUUGGGGAGCAGAAGGAACAGACGCGCUUAGCAGCAGGUGGCCAAAAGGCCUAUUGUAUGCCUUCCCCCCAUUGCCUCUACUUCCUGCAGCAAUCAGGAAGCUCCUGGAGGAACAAGCGGAGGUGAUCUUCAUCGCCCCUUUCUGGCCCAGGAGACCAUGGUUCGCGGAUCUGGUGAGUCUUUCAUUUUCAGCUCCAUGGAGGAUUCCCGACAGUCAAAUAUGGCUGAUACAGGGAGAUCUACAACAUCCAGAUCCACAAUGGCUUCAACUGACCGCCUGGCACUUGAACGCCGCACCCUAACCAGGGAAUCUUACUCAGCGGAGGUGAUUGCUAUGAUACAGGCGGCCAGGAGACCUGCAACGAACCGGCGUUAUGGCCGUACAUGGAAGCAUUUCUGUCAAUGGUGUGAUAAGAAACACGUAUGUCUAUCACAGGUGACGAUUCCCAGGGUUCUGGAAUAUUUAAUGGAGGGCGUCAACAAGGGGUUGGCACCCAACACUUUGUGCAGACAGUUAGCAGCCCUGUCCUUAAUUUUGUCAUGGGACUCCUCAGGCUCCUUAUCAAGACAUCCAGCCAUUUGGGCUUUUCUUAAAGGGGUCUCAAAUACCAGACCACCUGUAAUUCACAGGUAUCCCUCCUGGGACCUACCCCGAGUGCUUCAAGCUCUAACAUCUUCUCCUUUUGAACCACUCAAAACAUGCUCAUUACGUGCUCAUCCACGCCCUCCCUAAGUAGAAGUCAGUCAGGUCCGGGUGGAAUGAUUGUUCUGUUAGUUAUCGUUACUACCUGCUUGAGAGUCAUCACGUCAUACUGUUGUCAAUGGCUUCGCCCGUCGAUGAAAACUGGGAGGUCCCCAGAUAAUGAGGAGGCGUGACAACUUGACAACUUGGUCUGAUUGGGCAGGACUGAGACAACCCAU